AUGGAGCGAGGCGAAGGCCAGCUCCGCGGCGUCGACUCCUGGUCCGCCGCGGCGUGCGUGGACCUUCUCGACGUCGGCCAGUUCGACAGCUCAUUCGACGGCGUGCCGUCGCCCCAGAGGGAGUGGGCCGACCCCCUCGACACGGGCCAGUUCGUGGUCCCCGCGCCCCGACUCGGAGCAAACGCCGCCAUGUGCGCGGGAGGUCCCCCAGGAGAUCUCGGGGAUCUGGCACGCGUCGAGGGCGCCUCUGCGCCCGAAGGCCUCGAGAACCCCGAGCAGAAGAAGCUGGCGCAGGCCGACAUUGACAGGAUCCUCGCUGGCAUGAAGAACAAAGGCCACCUGCAGCUGCAGGUCUCCGAGUCGAAGUCCGGCAGCAGCGACGUCCUCGACAGCCAGUCGGCAUGUUGGUUGAGGGAGUGCAGCCACGGGUCUAACUUGACGGCCGAGCUCAGCAGCGACCGCCAGACGACCUUUGGCAGCCUGAGCUUCGGCGGCCACACCACCAGCAGCAGCGAGCAGCGCGGGACGCCCAACCAGCAGGCCGCCGCGGGCGCCGCCCCGCAGACCUGGGACAGCCUGCAGCAGCUGCCGCCGGCCAGCGAGGGCGACGAGGAUACGCUCGUGCACCAGGAGGCCUCGAACAGCAUUGCUUCAGUCGGCGCGGCGCCCGCUGCGCCGCCGCUGCCGCUCCCGGAGGCCCGCGGCAGGGCCCCGCUUGGGCGGCAGCAGAGCAGGGCCUCCUCGCCGGGCUCCGCGGACAGCGCGGGCAGCGAGCCAGGACGGCUGGUCUGCGCCCAGGACGUCGUGCGGCAGCUGUGGAUGACCAGCGGGGGGCCAUCGAAGCACAGCGCCGUCUGGUGGCCAGAGCAAUUCGCGCUGGACUGCGAGUACGAGGACCUCCGGCACCGGGAGUCCUACCGCGGGCGCGCGGCGGUGCAGGCGUUGUUGCCGUCGCUGGUGCUGCCCCCGGGGACGAGGCGCGUUGUGACCGACAUCUCUGGAGGAGCAUCCUCGUGCGGUUUCACGUGGCACCUCGAAGAGGACGGCGCGGGCGUCAUGCAGCGCGGCGUGACGUUCCUGCGCGUGGACAGGCAGGGCAGAGUGACCUACCUGCGGGAGGGAUGGGAGUCCCUUCCACAGGUGUCGAUAUCCCCUGCCGUGGAGCGCUGCGCGUCGCCGAAUCUGGCGGUGCGCCAGGCCGCGCUGCAGGAGGUGAAGGGCUUCGCCUCCGGCGGCGCGGUGGUGCUCCCGAGGAUCCUUGCGUGCAUCGACCAAGCGAAAGACGACCCCAUGCGUCUCGAGGGUCUCGUGCCCGCCCUUGUGGAGUUGGCUGAGAAGGGUGACUCGGUGGUGGUUUCGACGUUGAUCGACAACUUGCGCCACAAUAAUUGCUGGGUUCGAGUGCACUGCCUUGCCGGCCUUGGGAAGCUGGCGACCGUCGACGACAGGGUUGUCAUGGAUGCGGUAGCCCCUUUCACGCAGGACAGCAGCUGGCAGGUCCGCGAGGCCUCGGCCCAUGCCCUGGGCCACAUUGCGGGGCCCGCCGCAGGCGCGGCGGCGCUGCGCGUGCUGGGGCACAUGCUGCAGGAUUCCAGCGUCCGGGUCUCCGCGGCGGCUCUGGUCGCGCACAAGAGCGUCCUCGCGCGCCUGGCGCCGCGGCGAAGCGCUGGCCAGGAGGCAGUGGUUGCCUGCGGGGCCGCCGUCGCGACCGUGAUGAUCGCAUUGCUUGUGGAGCGCCUGCUCAGAAAGCCUGCUUGCUAG